AAUGGAGGACAGAAAAAUGAAGGAACUCGAUCUGCAUCUGGAUCUUGAGUACCUUGAAGAAAGUAACACAGAUGCUGAUAAAUAUGAAAAUGAGGAGUGGCCAAGUUACAGCAGUGGGUCAGAGGAAGAGCUGGGAAACCUGCAAGAGGAAUGGGACCAAAAUGUCAACCACCCAGUGCUCAAAAAUGGAGGUGCUGCAGGGGACACCAACCCUCUCUAUAAUGGUGGUGGUCUGUUGCCUUAUGAGGAUGGAAUUGAUGUUGACAGUGAAGAGGAGAGAGACAUUAUGAAGGAAAUCAAAGAUGAAAUCACCAACCAAGUACGCAGUGAAAUGAAAUCUGAAAUAGGUGUAUAUAGAAAAAAAUUAGAAGCUUUAGAAUUCAAAGAAAAUAUUGACCACAAAGACAGUUCUCGUGCUAAAGCUGAGGAAAUUCUUGAUGAAGUUGAUCCAAAACUGAAGGAUGCCAUUUUAAAGAUGAGAAAACUUGAUCGUAUCCUCGCGAAAAAGGUUAAAAGGGAGCGUGAAGUCAAAAAGGAUAGAAUCAUGCUUCAGAGAAGAAUCAAGGAUGAACUUACAGAUCUGAAAUCAGAAGGAUCUAAUGAGAGAAAGGAAGAAAAGAUGAACACAUCUAAAUACCUAGCCUUGACUCUUCCACCUAGUCACAAUGAAGGGGUUGAAGUGCCAAACUCCUUGAAUGAACCAGUAUUUACUACACAGCUUAAUGAACAAGACUAUCCUGAUGUUCACAGACAGAAUGGGGAGGUCGGCAGUGGUCAUAGACAGAGAAAGGGCUCAAGUCACAGGUCCAAUACUGCUUCAGAACGAAGUGACUGUCACUCUCAACAAGACUCAGAACUUGGUAGUGAGACUUCUUCACUUGCAGGCAGCAAGUCUGGAAAGAGAAAGAAACGUAAAAAAGACUUUAUCAAAAGAAAUAGAGAGCUUGCAUCUGAAGCUGAAAACCCUGUACCGAUGACAGAUGAGGAAAAGACACGUGUCAACCAACUGUUGGAAGGCCUGGAUGCUUUACCUGAAGUACUAGAAGAAGAUGAAUCAGUAUCUGACUUCUCUGUUUCUAACCCAUUUCAAAUUGCUGUCAGACCUGGUGAAGGAUUUCAACCAGAGCCUGAUGAUCAACGGUCUCUGUCCAACAUUGACAGUAGACUUAGGACAAUCCUGCCUCCAGAGGACUAUGAAUCGGUCACUAGUGCCUCUAUAUGUAGUACGCCACAGUACAAAUUGUUUAAGCCGGUGGUUGAUGUUAGGUCUGAACGAUUCGGAGAGAAAGCUCUCCUGGAUAACAAAGAUCAAAGAGAGCUGCGUGCCCGUCUCCAGGCUGUGGAGGAGGAGCUAGGCAAACUCCAUAUGUCACAUGAGCUGGAGAUCUCUGAGACCCCCAAGUUAGAAGAGGAUCAGUUACAAGACUUAUUAGACCAAUGUGCUCGAUCUUUGUCUAGAACAACUUAUACUGGUACAAAUUCUAGAACAACAUUUAACGAUGCAGAUUCAGAUGCAGGUGUCUCUGUGUCGGAGGCAGGGCUGUCAACUGAGACCACACCCAGGACACCAAAGUCUGCCCGGGAGGUUUUAAUGGAAAAUCCACCACACUUACCUAAGGCCACCCUUCAGAAGUUGUUAUCUGAAGCUUACUGUCCUGCAGCCAGCAGGCUAUCUACACUUCGGGAAGAAGAGGAGGAAGCUGAAGCUGGAGCUGAGGACAAUGAAAUUGUACCUAUCAGUGCUGAAACAUGGCAGCUUAUUGCUCAAGAAAGACUUGAAAAUGAGGAUGAGUCAGAGUAUGUGGACCAUUUAAAUACAAUUCGGUCAAGCUUACAAUCCAGUUUAUCUGUGUCAAAAAGUAGGACCAACAGUCGUAACAUAUACCAUGAACAUGAUUCUUUAUCCGGGGAGGUUCCCAGACAUAGCAGAGGAGAAAGUCGUGAGUCACGGACACCCUUUUUACCUGAAAUCAAUCGUUCAGGAAGUUUGGUAGCCCAGGAAAUGAACAAUCACAUCAAUAAUCGUCCUUCUAGUAACCUUAGUAACAGAAGCUCUGUAUUAACAGUGCGUAACAGUUUUACUGAUGUGAGUUCUGACUUCCAGGAUGGUACAGAAUUAUUGUCUGUUAAUGGUGAUACACCUGUGCCAAACCCACCAGCUAGUGAUCGCAGGUCUGGUAGAAGUAACAGGUUGAGGGUGAAAUCCCCUCCCAUUACCUAAGAGUCACACUAAUGGUAUGUUUUGUAGAACAGUUCUGUUGUCCUGCAUUGGUCUUUUGUGAUAGCAUUGUGUUACCACUAGAUACUGAGAAAGCUAACUAGUCAUUGUUGUAAUCAUUUGGCUAUAAAAACUACAUACAUCUUUGUUAGAAAAAUGCAGGUGUCAAGACCAUUAUGUGUAACCUAAGAAUAUAUUCUCAUUAUCUCCUAUUCAACCAAACUUAUACAUCUAUACUAUCCUAACUUACUUUUUUAGCCCACCAUUAUCAGAUGGUUUGCUAUUCAAAUCACUCUGCGUCUGUGGUCAGUUGUCCGUCCAUCCAUAAACAAUUUUUGUUAUUGCUAUUUCUUGAGAAGUACUCGAUGGAUCUCUCUUAUGUAGGUUCCCCUUGGUCUCUAGUUGUGCCCAUGUAAUUUUGGGACUGAUGAGAAAAUAAUAUGGCUGAAAGGCAGCCAUUUUGGAUUUUGACUUUGAAAGUUUGUUGUUGCUAUUUCUUGAGAAGUGCUUGAUGGAUCUUUCUAAAAUUUCAGAUGUAGGUUCCUCUAGAUUCCUAGUUGUGCCAAUGUGAUUUUGGGACUGAUCAGAAAAACAAAAUGGCCGACAGAUGAACAUCUUUGAUUUUGACUUCGAAAGUUUGUGAUCACUAUUUCUUGAGAACUACUCUAUAGAUCUUUCUCAAAUUUCUUGUAUAGGUUCCUUUAGGUCCCUUGUUGUGCCUGUUUGAGUUUAGGACUGGUCAUAUACAGAUAUCUAUAUGGAUAUCUCAAAUUUCAUACGUAUGUUCCUUUUCGUCUUUCCACGUGCUCGUUUGAUUUUGGGAUUGAUCAGCAGAAACAAAAUAGCUUCCGGGUGGACAGUUUGGAUU